CUUGCGGAUGCAAAUUGUUUAGCUGAUCUUUUUAUUAUAAGAAUAAACCUUUAAAAUGACAGAAUACAGUGUCAGAGAUGGGGUAGCAAUUAUCAAACUGGAUAAUCCACCAGUAAAUGCUUUGGGAAGUAAGGUCCGCUCUGGUUUAGACAAGCAUUUAAAGCAAGCAAAUCAUGACAGUGAAGUGACUGCAGUCGUCAUUGUUGGAAAGGGAGGCAAAUUCUGUGCUGGAGCUGAUAUUAAAGAAUUUGGUGGUGGAGCGAAAGGACCAUGGAUCACAGAUAUAGGUGAUUAUUGUGACAAGAUGAGGAAGCCUGUAGUAGCUGCCAUAGAGGGUAUGGCACUGGGUGGUGGCCUGGAGGUUGCAUUAUUCUGCCAUUAUAGAAUUGCUGUGAAAACUGCAAGGGUUGGUCAGCCUGAGGUUCAGAUAGGCUUGAUACCAGGAGGAGGUGGUACUAUCAGGUUACCGAAGGCCGCGGGUCUGAAGAAUGCUCUAGACAUUAUCACCACUGGUAACCAUGUACCGGCAGAAAAAGCUCUAAAGAUGGGGAUAAUAGAUCAGAUUGUAUCUGGAGAUAUCAUAGAGGAAGGAAUCAAAUUUGCAAAGUCCAAGAUCCACAUAGAUACAAGCAUUGUUUGCUUGCGGAACAAACAUGUGAAAGUUGAUGGUGAUGUAGAUAAAGUGGCAGAAGCCGCUAUGACGAAAGUGAAGUCAAAGUACCGAGGAGCCAUUGCACCGAUCUUUUGUGUAAGAUCUGUGAUGAAUUCUGCUAGGUUGCCGUAUCAGAGAGGGAUCGAUCUAGAACAUGAAUAUUUCCGAGACCUUCAGACUUCUAGCCAGUCACAGGCUAUGAGAUAUGCCUUCUUUGCUGAACGGGCCAUCACCAAGUGGCAGUUACCUUCAGGUGGAAACUACAGGACGAAGCCAUUGCCUGUUAGAUCAGCCGGCGUGAUCGGUGCCGGAACGAUGGGUGGCGGCAUUGCUCUCUGUCUCGUCACAUCUGGUAUCCCAUGUAUCCUUGUUGAACAAAGCAAAGAGUUUUUAGAUAAAGGCAUGGAAAUAAUCAAGACGCAGUUAAUGGGAACAGUACGGCUUGGAAAAAUGACAGCAGAUCAGGCGAAACAAUGCAUGGGCAUAUUAAGAUCGAGUGUUAAUAUUGAUGACCUGAAAGAUGUAGAUUUGGUGAUAGAGGCUGUUUUUGAAGACCUUAAGUUAAAGAGGGAAAUCUUUGAGAAGUUGGACAGAAUAUGUAAACCUUCCACCAUAUUGUGUACAAACACUUCUACACUAGAUAUAGACUCU